AUGGCCCUUCUCAACUACUCCUCACCUGACUUGUCUACUGAUUUCCCAUUGAAUAUUUCCACAGAUAUUUCACCCCGUCCAAUCGAUCAGCCGGAUUUGUUUGUGUCUCAGCUGUCUAAAAUCUGGAAAAUCGACAGUAGGCCAGCAGUAAUUCCCCUUUUCACUCUCCUCAUCCUUUUUGUUAUCCUUAUUGUCUUUGUUCCCAUCGGCGUCCUCGGCUGGGUGUAUGUACGCCGGCGAAAAAGAGGAAGAAAAGGUAGUAGUAGCAGUAGCAGUAAUGGUAGCAGUAGACAUGAGAUCCAGUAUAGCGAGAAUCCUCGGGUUGACAAGAAAGAGACUGAGGGAGCACGCGAAGGAGCACAGAAGAAGGAGGUUGUCCGUUGUCUGGCUUGUCAAAGCCAGCUUCAAUACUCCAUGGAGUACCGUCCAAAGGAGAGGAGACUGCUACUUGGAAUUAUAGGGUGCACGAAUCUCACAACCCCAACCGGUGUCGGUGUCCCUUGCCCUAUUGUGAAAAUAGUACUCAAUACAGCAACGGUCUGGAAGCCUACAAGCCAGUGUGAGGUCGCGACUUCAAAGGUUCUCCGCACUGCAGUGCUCCCCAAGACGCGAAACCCGACAUUUCGGGAAAUGUUUGCCUUCAGUCUUAUGCCAUACGAGAUCAUGAGCACUGUGAUUCACAUACGCGUCUAUCAUUUUGAUCAAAUUGCAAAAAAUCUGAUUCUCGGGAACCUAGAAGUGGAACUCAAAAAGACGCCGGUGAAUAAUUAUUUUGGGAAAUAUUAUGAAGUUCAGGAGCCAUUGCGUGAGGUGAGCUGCGAAUUGGAGGAGUAUGGGCAGAUAUGUGUUGCUAUCACGUACGAAGAAAAGGCGAUGGAGCUUAGAGUGAACAUUCUGGAUGCCAAAGACCUCAGUCAACCCGCAAAGACAUCCAAUCUCUAUCCUAUGACCCACGUUUCCGCAACCCUCCUCCUCGGUGGUGGGAAGAGCUUGACAGAGACGACGGCGGUACGGAAGAACGUGAUCAACCCCUACUUUGGCAGCCUGCUGACCUUUCCCCUGAAGUGCGAGAGUGUUGCCCAGUUCACAUUGAAACUGAAACUGAAAUAUCAUGGCGAAACGGGCUUAAUAAAGACGCAUGGAUUUGUUAUAAUUAGUCUGAAUUCCCCACAUGUCUCCGGUCGAAGACACUGGAGGGAGGUUGUUGAUCGACCGGGGGAAGCAAUUGGUAUGUGGCACGCUCUCACAUGCUAUAAGCCCACUUAA